AUGCUAUCUGUUGGCUUACUGUUUCUGGGCAUCUUCCGCAAUAUUCAAGCAUAUCUUCUACGUACGAAUGCCGCAGAUAAAAGAAGUCGGAGAGGAAACAGACCGGGAAGGGAAGCAUUAUUGUCUCCAACUUCUAGUCUUGUCAGCAGUAAGGCAGCAGCUGAUGCCGUUUUCAAAUCAGCCUGUAAAGAGCGGGUUUUGUUAGCUUAUACUGAUUAUAACUUGGAUAUAACAAAGAUUGUGAAUUUGUUUUCAAAAUAUGGUGAAACAGUAAGUACAGUACACGUCAGUAACGAUGCUGUCAAGAACAUAUUAGAAAUAGUUAGAUGGCCAUCGAUGCCAUUAAUUUUUGUUAAGGGAGACUGUUGUGGUGGCCUCAAAGAACUUCAUCAGCUGGAGGAAAAUGGUGCUUUAAAUGAAUGGCUGAAGGAACACCAGUAUGAUCUCGCUGUUAUUGGAGGUGGUUCCGGUGGUCUAGCAGCCGCAAAGGAAGCAGUUCAUUUUGGCAAAAAGGUGAUUUGUCUGGAUUUCGUUAAGCCAUCAACAAUGGGCACAACUUGGGGCUUGGGUGGAACUUGUGUUAAUGUAGGCUGUAUACCGAAGAAAUUGAUGCAUCAAGCUGCACUUUUGGGGGAAUAUAUUGAAGAUGCUAAGAUGUUUGGCUGGGAAAUACCCGAAGGUACAAUAAAGUUAAACUGGCAUCAACUCAAAAAUGCCGUGCAAAAUCAUAUUGCUUCGUUGAAUUGGGGAUAUCGAGUUCAAUUGAAAGAAAAAUCAGUGACUUAUAUGAACUCGUACGCCACUUUUACCGGUUCACAUGAACUAAGUGUCAAAAACAAGAAAGGAAAAGUUGAGAAAAUCACUUCUGACAGAUUUUUAAUCGCUGUCGGAUUAAGGCCACGUUUUCCUGAUGUUCCAGGAGUGCUGGAAUGCUGCAUUAGCAGUGACGAUUUGUUUUCACUGAGCUAUAAUCCUGGCAAAACUCUUUGCGUUGGUGCUUCAUAUGUUUCGCUAGAGUGUGCUGGCUUUUUGCGAGGUAUUGGUAAUGAUGUCACGGUUAUGGUCAGAUCAAUUUUGUUGCGUGGUUUUGAUCAGGAUAUGGCGGAACGCAUUAAGAAACAUAUGAUAGAGCGUGGUAUCAAAUUUAUCCCGUAUGUGCCAGUCAAAUAUGAAAAGCUCAAGGAACCAACCAAUGAUGAACCAGGAUUGAUUAGAGUUCAUACGAUCCAGAAGCAUGAAGACGGAACAGAAGUUCAAGUUGCGGAAGAUUUUAAUACAGUCUUGAUGGCAAUAGGACGUGAUGCUCUGACAGAUGAUCUUGGUUUGGAUUUAGUCGGUGUAGACCGCGCAAAAUCUGGUAAAAUAAUUGGAAGAAGAGAGCAGAGUGUUAGUUGUCCAUAUAUUUAUGCUAUUGGUGAUGUGCUGAAUGGCUCUCCAGAGCUUACACCUGUUGCAAUACAAGCAGGUAAAGUUUUAAUGCGGCGCAUCUUAACCGGAAAUUGUGAGCUUACCGAAUACAACAAAGUACCAACAACAGUAUUUACACCGUUGGAAUAUGGUUCUUGUGGGUUAUCUGAAGAUGCUGCUAUCCAAAAGUAUGGAAAAGAAAAUAUCAACGUAUAUCACAAUGUGUUCAUUCCGCUUGAAUACGCCGUAACAGACCGAAAGGAAAAAACACACUGUUACUGUAAACUGAUUUGCCUGAAGAAUGAACAAGACUUGGUUCUUGGUCUUCACAUCCUCACACCAAAUGCGGGUGAAAUAAUACAAGGUUUCGCAAUAGCUUUGAAAUUUGAUGCUAAAAAGGCCGAUUUUGAUCGAUUAAUCGGUAUUCAUCCGACAGUUGCCGAAAACUUCACGAUGCUUACGUUGCUUAAGGAGGAUGGGCAAGUACUGAAAGCUACAGGAUGCUGA